GUUGACAAGCUACUGGUUGGGGAUCACUGAUCUACGUAUUCCUUUUGAUUGGUAAAAUAUUGUAUGGAAACAGCAAUUAAUAUAUUGUGAUCACACACAGCACCCACAAGAUGGCAAUAUUGUAACUUAAACAGAAUUCUGUUUCUUUUUUUUGCAACACAUCACACCUGAAUAUGACUGAUCUCAGCGCCAUAGGUGUAUCAGGUUUCAGAAUAGCACAGUAAGUAACCACUGGGUGAAAUAUGAACAUAAGAAAUGUAAGGCACUAUGAUAAUGACUUUUCAUGAAUCAUAUCUUAAGUAAACACAAUCUCCAAGUCACUCCUUUCUCAAAGAAGUAUGUUUGAUUUGCAGUACUAGAAUACCUAAGAUUAACUUCUUUCCAUCUAGGCAGGCAAAAUGCAUUUGCAAUUCUACUGAACAGAACUACAGACAUAUAUUUUGUUGCCUGGAAAGCCAGCUGCAGUAUUCCUUUCAUACAGAUGCCUGCUGUGAUAUUUAGCAUUCGAUCGAGAACGCAUCUUGUAUGCGUCUAAUGCUGCUAAUGGCAAUGGAGAGCACAGGGGCAGGAACUGGGGGGACGACUAGUUCUCCAGUAGAUGCCAGUCGAGAAGAAAGUGUCGGAACAUAUGCGUUUUCUGUGGACUAUAAUUUGGUGCAAAUUCCUUAUGAAAUCACACUAUGGAUCAUACUGGCAUCAUAUGCAAAAAUCGGUUUUCAUUUGUAUCGUAGGCUGCCAAAAAUAAUGCCAGAAAGCUGCAUCCUUAUUGCUAUUGGUGUACUGCUUGGAGCAAUAAUUUAUGGCACAGAUCACAAAUCUCCACCAGCGAUGAGGACCGAUAUAUACUUCUUGUAUCUCCUACCUCCAAUUGUUCUUGAAGGAGGGUACUUUUUGUCCACUCGACCCUUUUUUGAAAAUAUUGGAACCAUAAUAAGCUGGUCGGUAUUGGGGACUCUCAUUAAUGCAUUUGGUAUUGGCAUUUCCCUCUAUGGAAUCUGCCAGAUUGAAGCAUUCAAGUUAAGUGAUGUAACGCUGUUACAGAACCUAAUGUAUGGCAGUCUGAUAUCAGCUGUGGAUCCUGUAGCAGUUCUUGCCAUAUUUGAAGAAAUCUCUGUUAAUGAAAAAUUAUACAUGACUAUAUUUGGAGAAUCUUUGUUAAAUGAUGGAAUAACUGUGGUAUUGUAUAAUAUCUUCAUCACCUUUACACAGAUGCACACUUUUGAAUCGAUUGAGCCUGCAGAUGUGUUCGCAGGUAUUGGGCGUUUUUUUAUGGUGGGCAUUGGUGGAGUUUUCUUUGGGAUCAUAUCUGGAUUCUUUUCAGCAUUCAUCACGAGAUUCACCAAGAAUAUUUCUUCCAUUGAGCCCCUCAUUGUCUUCAUGUUCAGUUACCUUUCCUAUUUGGCUGCAGAAGCUUUUUACCUUUCUGGCAUCUUAGCUAUGACAGCUUGUGCAAUGACCAUGAAGAAGUAUGUAGAAGAAAAUAUCAGCAAAAAUUCCAGUACAACGAUAAAAUAUUUCAUGAAGAUGCUAAGUAGCCUCAGUGAAACCCUGAUCUUUAUCUUCAUGGGGGUUAGCACUGUGGGAAAGAACCAUGAAUGGAAUUGGGCUUUUGUCAGCUUCACUUUACUCUUCUGUCUGAUUUGGAGAGCACUAAGUGUCUUCCUUCUUUUUCCUAUCAUAAAUCAUUUUCGAACAUUACGGUUUACCCUUAAAGACCAACUCAUUAUUGCCUACAGUGGACUUCGGGGUGCGAGCAGUUUCUCCCUUGUGUUUUUGCUUCCCAUCCUUCUGUUUCCAAGGAAAAAAAUGUUUAUCACGUCUACAAUUGUAGUCAUAUAUUUCACAGUCUUCUUCAAGGGAAUGACAAUCGGACCUUUAGUCAGAUAUCUGAAUGUGAAAAGAACUAACAGAAAGGAAACAAUCAAUCAAGAAAUACAUACACGGUUGAUGGAUCACUUGAGGGCUGGAAUUGCAGAUAUAUGUGGCCACUGGGGACACUAUCAAAUGAGACAAAAAUAUAAACAGAUUGAUAACAAGCUUUUACGAAGGGCUUUAAUCCGAGAUAACCAGCCCAAGUCUAGCAUUGUUUCCCUACACAAGAAGCUUCAGCUGAAACAAGCCAUUGAGAUGACAAGAUUUGGUAUGGGCAGAGAUAUUUCUUUGCCAUCCUUUCAAACAUUCUCACGCACCAAUGUAGGAAAUGACUUUUCUACAGAAGACAUAGCACAAAUGAGGAAUCUGCUGACAAACAGUCUCUAUCGAGUGCGGAGAAGGACACCAUCAUAUAGUAAAUACAAUCUGCCAAAGGAGGACAGUGAAAGUCAAAACAGAGAAAUUCUCAUACGCCGAUAUUCAAGCAUGAGAAGAGGACAGACACUUCCAUGGGAAAGACAGACUGGUGCCAAAAAUGUUCGUUUUUUGUCACUUCCUCACAACAGCUCCAGUGCAGGAGCAGGCAGAACAAGACAUCAACUGUUUCAAGACUUUGAUGAUGCUGUGUUCUCUACAAGCCCAGUCUUGCAAUGUUCAACAGAGACCAGUCUAUUGGAUCAUUGGAAACGUGAACAAAGAAACCAAAGGAGAGCAUGUUCAUGGCAUGCAAAAGAAAAUGUGUUGAAGAAGGAGCUGAUUACAAGGCCAAGAUAUCAGUCGGCAAAUGCACACUUCUUGCACUUUGAUGUGGUAUUUGAGGAGGAUACACAGGCAAAUGAAGAUAGUGAUACUGAAGAGGAAAUAGGACAGUUUGUGAGAUGGAACACUAAAGCAAUACAUAACCGACAUUCCAAAGAACUUUAGAAACUUUUGAGUACCGUAUAUACUCGCGUAUAAGCCGAGAUUUUCCGCACCGAAAAUGUGCUUGAAAAUCCUACCUCGGCUUAUACGCGGGUCAGCUUGAAGUAGCCGGAAGAGCAGCGAGGAGAGAACAGCGCUAGGAGGCGUCGCGGUCUGUGGGAGGUAUAACAAUAAGUGGGAGGGGAGGAGGAGCAGGAAGUGAAUACGCGCUAGGCUCAGGUAGCGGCUGCAGUGCGCACCAGCGGGAGGAGGGAGAAUAGAACAGCCGGGUCGCCGUCGUUUCCCUCGCCAUGUUGUAUACCGGUAAUUUGAAAAGCAGUAUCUUGUUGGUUCUCUAAUAUUUCAUGUUCGUCAGGAAAUCUUAGUUGAAGAUGUUUCUCUUCUCAUUUACUGUAUGUGUAGCUCAUUAAUUAAUCAUGACUGCAGCAGAGCUGCUAGCUGAUGAACAGCAGAAAGAGCUAUUUCUUUGCUGUGCCUGAAUACAGCAGUUUAAUGAAGAAAUAAACAAAGAAUAACAAUGUUGUGCCUGCCAUAGAAAUGUGCUAAUGAAUCCAAAAUGGUUGCCAUAUGACUUAUAUCUGCAUUCUCUUGCUUUAGUUGCUAUGUGAACCAUAAGCUGUAUGUAAUAAUUAGUAGUAGUUGACAACUUGAACAGACACAGCUGUAGGAACAAUGUAUUUGUAUGGGGAGGCCAUGCCUCAUGUCUGCAACCUGUGGCUCCUCCUCAACUACAACUCUCGCUCUUCCCCACAUCAUGGCUUGAUUUUUAACAUUAAACCGACUGUUUGAUAUUUCUGAGACUUUUCUGAGUUGUGUCUAGGCUUAUA